GCUGUCUGCUUUUCUUCGAACGCAGUCAAGCGGCAAUGUAAUGCGCGCCAUAUCUUCUCGAUCAAAGAGCACAGUCGCAAUGGCUGACGAUAUGACUUUGAAGGAGGGCGGGCACAUGUAGUCGUCAGAUCGUGAGACUGCGCUGGAUGGGAAAUGUGAUGCAACCUUCACCUUACGCUCGCAAGCACAUCGUCGCAACGGCGUCUAGUAGUGGCUCGUACGGCCGCACAGAAGGCGGGAUUAGCUCUUUUAUUCAUUUGUCCGUCUCUUACAUGAUGAAACGGUGAUCAGUGGUAAUGCAUGGAGAACAUCUGCGAACGGGUGGCCUCAACAUGUGAUGCGGGAGGAGCACAGCCACCCUAAAUACUCCAAGGAAGGCUGUGGUCACAACCACGAGACCUUAAGUGCGUUUCAGAUCUUAACGUUGAUGUCUGUGCGUGAUCGACGUCGAGCAGAUGACACACCGUUCAACGUGCUUCACGAGGGUUUAGGGAUCGCGUGAGUUGGACAGCGACUUAGGCGGCCGUGUUCGCCGCAAAUGGCUCGUGUGGGA